UAAAACAGAAGGUGCAGUUGGAAGCAUUACACGAAGGCAGCUGCUCUCAUCAACUGCACUUGUCUUGAUUUAGAGCUAGGAAUAUCCACGGACAAAAUCCAAAUCAUCGCGUUGUCCUUUUAGAAGACAGUAACUGCAAUCAACUUUAAAAUAGCCAAUAAAUCUCACUAGGGAAUCUGACUUCUGAGCAGUUGUAACUUCCUUACAGUUUUCUUUUUCUUCUAGCUCGAGAGAUCAUCGGAAAAGAGAAAAUGGUGGCUCAAAAAAAACAUUUUCUUCUGGUUACAGUAACCUUGCAGGGCCACUUGAAUCCUAUGCUUAGGCUUGCUCAACGCCUUGUUUCAAAAGGCAUUAAUGUCACAAUUGCCACCAACAACCAUGUGUCAAGCCACCGGAUGCUCAAGUCGACCAGAGCCUUCACCAACAAUUUGCAUGCUGCCGCUGCUGCCCAGAACACAGCUCCUAAACCCCCUGGAAUUAGUCUUGUGUUCUUCUCUGAUGGCCUCAGUCUGGAAUUUGAUCGCAACAAAGACGUUGAUUCGUUCAUCAAGUCGCUGAGGACAACAGGAGCCAAGACUCUGUCAACUCUCGUAGCUGAUUUCAUAGCACAGGACAAUAAAUUUUCUUGCAUUAUCUGUAAUCCUUUUAUGCCAUGGGUCGCAGAUAUUGCUGCUGAAUAUGGUAUCCCUUGUGCUGUGCUUUGGAUCCAAGCAUGCACUGUCUUAUCUGUUUACUAUCUUUACUUCAAGAAUUUCAAUUUGUUUCCUGCCAUUGAUGAGAACCCAGAUAAAUCUUUAGAGUUGCCUGCAGUGUCAGUUUUACAGGUAAAAGAUCUUCCUUCCUUCAUCUUGCCAUCAAGUCCUCCCAUAUUCCGUGAAACAUUAUCUCAUUUUUUCCAAAAUUUGGAUAAAAUAAAAUGGGUUUUGGUGAAUUCUUUUGCUGAAAUGGAGAAGGAGGCAGUGAGUUUCAUGGGUGUUCUCCAUCCUAUUUAUCCCAUUGGGCCUUUGGUGUCACCAUUUCUGUUAGGAGAAGAAGAGAAGACUAUUGGCAGUGUUGAUAUAUGGGAUGCUGAAAAUUCUUGCAUAGAGUGGCUUGACAAGAAACCACCAUCGUCGGUCAUUUACAUUUCAUUUGGCAGCAUAAGCGUGUUGUCACAAAAACAAAUGGAUGACCUAGCCAUGGGAUUAAAAAACAGCAACAAACCAUUUCUUUGGGUGAUUAGGACUGCAGAGAAAAAUUCUGAGAAGAAAGGUGGUGAAUUGCCGGCUAAGUUCAAGGAGGAGACCAAGGAGAAGGGCUUGGUAGUGACAUGGUGCCCACAAGAGAAGGUGUUACUGCACCAAGCUGUGGCUUGCUUCAUUACACAUUGUGGGUGGAACUCCGCGCUGGAGACGGUGGUAGCAGGGGUACCUGUCGUUGCUUAUCCGGGGUGGACAGAUCAACCAACAGUUGCUAAGUUUUUGGUUGAUGUUCUGAAGAUUGGCAUUAGGGUGAAAGCCGAAGAUGAGGUUGCAAGCGCCGGAGAGGUUGAAAGGUGCAUUUUUGAGGUGACUGAUGGAGCAGAAGCAAAAGAGAUGAAGAAAAGGGCGUUGGAGUUGAAGGAGGCGGCCAAGAAAGUGGUGGCGGAUGGUGGUUCUUCUGAUCAGAAUAUUACUCAGUUUAUCAGCGAGAUUUUCCUGCGACGUGUGAAAGGAGUGGAAGAGAAGGAAAAUGAUGAAAAUGCUUAA